CAUAUAAGCACGCGAUACGCAUGUACAACCGAGAACAGACGUUCUCUCUCUCUCCGUCUCUGUCUCGUCGCGUUUUUCAACAUUCGCUCUGUCUCUCGCCCAUAUAGACUCGCUGUAUAGACAACAAAACGCGCGCACGUACAUAUAUACAUGUAUAUGUAAUCUCUCGCUCGUCGCUUCGACUAUUUAGUUGUGUCUUAGUGCUCUGUGACUCGCGAGGUGCCAAACGCGCUCUUUUUUACAGCUCUGUCUCUCGACGACGACGACGACUCCAUUCGAUAUAAACAAAUAAAUCGCAGCCCUCCGCCGCACGCGUACGCGAUACAUCCUUUACGGGAAGUAUACACAUUUUUUGUUUAAACGCAAGAACAUAACCGCCAAGAAGUUCAUCUCAUCAUGACGUCGACCGGUACAUUCGAGGGUUUGGCUGCUGGACGCAAUUCGAGCAAGGUACUGAAACCGCCAGGCGGUGGUAGCAGCGACAUCUUCGGGGCCAGCGAGUCGACGAGCCCGCGCCGCGUCAAGCAGAACCAGUCGACCCUGUCGUCGGCCUUCUUCGGCAGCAGCAACGGCUCCAGCGUCACCGACUCCUCGUCCAACAACACGGCCGCCUCGACGCCGUCCUCGAACGGCAGCGCACCCGAGACACCGCGCAGCAAGCCCGAUGGCAAUCCAGUGACAGGAGCAGGCUACGAGCUCCACCAGAACGGCACAUCCAACGGUGGAAUGAGCAGCGCCGCAUCAUCGAGCGCUGGCAGCGAAAAAUCCAGCACCGACUCGUCGCCGAGCAUCGGCCGAGAGCCAGUCCAGAGACUAAAGAAUCGCGUACCACCCGGUGGCUUCUCAUCCGGUCUCUGGUAAACGAAAAACGAAGCAGCAGCGGCAGCAGUAGCAGCAACAGCAGCAACAACAACAAGAACAACAAAAAAUUAAUAAAACGACAGCGGGACAGAACAGCUGAGAGCAGCGACAAAGACAACGACGACAUCAAUGGACUGGGGACGACGAUGACUGAUGUGUGAAAAAUUCUCUGAUUACUAUCACAUUAAAGAUAAAAAGCAAACAUCAAAAAUACCACACAUGAGAAUUUUAUUCAAUUGACGUAAUUUUUUUCUACUAUCUUAUUAAUUUUUACGAAAUUAAUGGUUAUACUUAAAGAAUAUAGAAGGAAACCAAAAAGAAAUUAAUUAACAAUUUUUUUUACUGUCGAUUAAUUACUCGUAUGACUAGUUUUGAUGCGAUUAUUCAAAGGGAGUUGAGUUAGAUUGGAGAAUCAUCUUCUUGUUUUCGUACAUUUUUAAUUAUCGAAUGAAUGUUUAAAAUUGCAUCAUUUUUUAUUAUUAUUACUAUUAUUAUGAUCGAGGAAAAAGAUCGAUUAUAAUCAUUAUAACUUUUAUUAUUAUUAUUACUAUUAUUACUAUUAUUAAUCAUUUAUCGUGUCAAUAAUUUUUUUUAUCUACAAGCAAAAAAUGAAUUUUCAUCGAAACAUGCUGAAAAAGUUGUAAACACGGAAAUAACGGAGCGAAGAGAAAUAAAAGUUAAUUAUGAAGAGAUUUAUUAAGAUGAAUUUUAUGAAAACAAAAAUGGCAUAAUACAUAUAAAUAUAUAUAAAUAAAAUAUAUUUCUCAAGAUAUUGUACCUAUAUAUUACCUACAAGCUAUAGAAGCAUUUUACGUCAAAAAAGGAACUAGAUCGGUUUUGUAUAAUUUUAGAGUAUUUCAUUCUUGUGAACAAGUGUUAACGAUAAAAAAUUCAUUAGAAAAUAUUGAUUCACGAUAGAUGAAAGUUUGUAAUAAAUUUUCGUUAUCAAUACUUUUUAAAAAGACACGAGAAACUUUUAUUUAUCGCCUCAAAAAUUAGCGAAAGCACAAUACUUAAUUCAUGUAUUAUACUCGUCGAAAAUCUAUUAUUCGGUCGUCGAAUUUGCAAUAUAUAUAUAUUAAAAAACGAUGCACCUAUAUGUAAUAUUUAAUUUUUGCUUAUUAUUUCUUCGUAUAGAUAUAUUACGUGUAUAACUCGUACAUUCUUUAAUAAGAACGACGACACAUCUUGGAGCUUUUUCAGAGACCUAUGAAUGUUACACGAGCUUCUUGUAUUCUAAUUGUACUAUUCAAUAUUAUACUCUUUCAUAAUAGUAAUGACGAAGAAUAUAAUAAUAUACGAGGCUUAAUUUUACGCUGAUUGUCUUUCGUGUUCGUAUAUGAGUUGAUAUAAUUAAAAGAAAAAAACGAAAAAAAAAUUGUGCUUUUAACGUGUAAAUCGUGUUUUAUCACAUUAAUAUUCGUGAUUAGCCCUUUUGUACUAUGGUAUUGAUAAAUAAAAACAUUUUGUAAGCGA